AGAUAAUCAACAUAUUUGAUUUUGAAUUUAAAAUUUAUGAUAAAUAAAUAUUUUGAUUUGGUUUUACAAAUUACAGACAUAAAAACACAAGCAUUGGUCAUUUUGCUGACAAACUUACGUUAGUAAACUUAAAUAGUGGUAGUUUAUAUUGUGAAAAUAUGAAGUCCAUUAAAUCUUUUAAGGAAAUACCUACCUUAAGAACUUUACCAAUACUUCAGCAUACUUAUUUAUUUCUUCCCGGAGGCAAGUAUAAGUCAGAAAGAUUGACUGAGGCUGUUGAAGAUAUUAAAAAACAAUUAGGUCCAAUUUUUCGUUUAAAUUUAGGUGGUACAAAUCUUGUGAUUACUACAAAUGCUGAUGAUGCUGAAACUAUGUUCAGAAAUGAAGGUAUUAGACCUGGUAGACCUCCUUUUCUAGCACUACAUCAUUAUCGCAAGAAACGUUUUAAUAGUGUAGGAGUUGUUCCUGGUAAUGGUGAAGAAUGGUAUAAAUUUAGAAGUGGCGUUAAUCCUUUACUAAAGAAUAACUUGAUUGAUUCUUUUAAAAAGGAGCAACAAGAUAUUGCUGAAAAGUUUGUUACAUAUAUUAGAAAAGAGAUGGAUCAAGAUAAAGUUGUAUAUAAUAUCCUUGAGCACUUGUUGAAAUUUGCUAUUGAAGCCAUUUCAGUUGUUUGCCCUGGAUACAGAUUCCAUUGUAUAUCUGGACAGAAUAAACAAGCUGAAGAUAUAAUCCAUGCUAGCAAGGAGUUUUUAGAUGGACUUUACAAGACACUUAUUGGUCCUCCAAUAUGGAAAGUGUUUGAAACUUCUGGAUACAAGCAGUUAAAAACUUCCCAUGAAUUUAUCUAUAGGACUUUGGAACAAAUUUUGAAAUCUCUUAAAAAGAUAUAUGACACUCAUCCCGAAUCUUUAAAGGAAACUCAUCCAUAUAUGUACACAUUAUUCGAUAAUAAAAAAUUUACACAGGACGAUCGUAACAUGUUAGCAAUAGAAGUAUUUUUAGGGGGAAUUGACACAACAGCUACAACCUUAGCUCUGACUAUGUUCUACUUUGCACAAAAUGAAAAUAUCCAAGACAAAGCUCGACAAUCUAUACUUGAUGAUGAUACAUAUUUAAGAGCUUGUUUAAAGGAAACUUUGAGGCUCUCCCCUACUGCAGGUGCAAAUAGUAGAUUUCUGGCACAAGACGCUAUUAUUGGAGGUUAUCUCAUACCAAAAAACACCCUGGUAGCUGCAUUUAGUUCGGUGAUGUCGAAUAGCCCAGAAUAUUUUGAAAAUCACGAUCAGUACAUCCCAGAUAGGUGGUUAAGAAACUCAAAUAAAAAAUUCCACAAGUUCGUAUCGUUGCCUUUUGGUUAUGGUCCAAGGAUGUGUCCAGGAAAACGAGUAGCUGAAAUGGAGAUGGUAACUCUGUUGAAAGAGAUUUUAAAAAACUUCCGGUUGGAAGUGGACGACAAGAGAAAAAUGGGUAUGGUGUACAGGAUGAACAGGAUCCCGGAUAGGCCUAUCAAUAUUAAAUUUUUAGAUACAAAUCACUAAAUAUUUAUUAGGUCAUUGUACAACAAUACAUAAUGUCUUAAUAUACAUUUUUAUAUACAAUUUAUUUAAUAAUUUCCUACCUUAUGUCUUAGAUUUUGUACAAUAAAAUUUGAUUUUUAAAGCUUAAAUGACGAAUUUUCAUAUGUCUGAUGAUGUAUAAUGAUAAACUUUUUCCUAUUGUCAUUUACGUACAAAAUGAAACAUAAAAAUAUAUAGUAACAGAGCUGGAGAUCAAUUUGGAUAUAUUUUGAACAAAAAAAAAAAAUGGUAACUGUAUUUCUGUACAACUAGAAUCAGUUUAUUAACAAGUUAUUGAAGAAGAACCCUGGGAAUAUUCCAGUACGAUGUACCGGUGAUCUGUAAAUAAAUAAAAAAAGUCGUGUAACUGUAGAUAUGGGAUUAUGGAUAGAGGCGCUAAUAAUUUGAUCACCGUAAAUAAGCAGAUUCUAGGGAAGACCCAGGAAUAAGUAAGCCAGAGCGGGUCUCCAGACAAACUAGGCGUAAAAUAUGUCUUAGAUAAUUGGUCACCAAUGAGUGAGUUCUAGACUAUGAAAUUUGAUUAAAUGAUUUGCCCAUUAACAAACUGAAUAUGACUUCCCUUGUGUAAGGAUUACUUCAAAAUACAAAUGUUACUAAAUAAAUUAUAGUUUCCAAUUGACUAUUAAUAAUUGACCGGUAUCGCUAUAGCGGCCAUAUUGGAAAGAUGGCGUUGCUUACGACGGCCUAGAAAUUUCAAAUAUGCAAAUAUAAUAGGGAGUAGAUGUGGAAACAAAUAUAAGAGUAGAAAAUAACGAAGAAACGCCACUAGAAGUUAUAUAAAAAAUUCAUGAUAUUCUAAUGGAGAUUUAUUUCACUUUUCAGUUAAAAUUAAGGCAUUCAGUAUUAAUUAAUUUAAUGUUGAUUAUUUUUUAUUAAACAAAUGAUUGACUUAAUUGUCCAAUGUAAUAAAAAUUUUUAGUUACAUGCAAUCAUAGAAUGUCUAAUUGCCCACCAGCUGCUGUACAAAAACUUUUUAAAGUAGCCCUAAUAAUACAAACAAAAAUGUCUUUACAAAAAUGUGUUACACAUACAUCUAAGUGCUAAAACGUAACAUUGCCGGAAUGUGUCUAGAAUAAAACCUAAAUUAACAUUAUUUAAUAAACCGACUGAACAAACUCAAAUAAUAAAGAAACUAUUCAAAUAAAAACAAUUACCUACAUCGAUUUUUUGUCAGUUUUAUCAAAUACUAUUUAAAUCUUAAACAUAAUCUUGCCCAUAAAUAAAUAUCUCUUUUUUGCUAUGUAAAAAUAUUCAACUUUAAAAACAACAAAUAAAUUAUACAGUACUAAAAGGUAAAAAUAUUUAUACUAGAACGAGAUCUAGUUUUGGGACGAAAGAACCGUCAGAUCGGUACUUAGGGAAUGUCUACUGUUCCAAUUAAAAUGCGCUUCUGUUCUGAUAAUCAUAUAUGAAAAUGUACAAGAUAUAACGAGAAAAAAAAGCAGACCUUUAAUAAAAUCCCUUCUACAAUAAUUAAACUAACUAAAUGAACCUACCGAAGAGAUGUGAGUAGCAGUUGGUAAAUACUGAAAGAUCUACUUAUAUAAAUGUGAAACAAUAAAAUAGAAAAAGAUGCAAAACUAUAUAGGAAAAGAAGAUAAGAUAAGCAAAGCAGAAAUGGUAUGUAGAAUGAUAUCAAAAGAUUGAGAAAUGAGGGUUCAGGAAACACACGUUCAGAGUAAUCCGGUAAUUUUCACGGAAGAAAUAAAAACAAUAUCGAAAAAUAUGUGACAAAAUUUGAAGAAUCACCAUACAGAACACAAGACCCAGAGCAACUAUCGAAGCGAAAGUAGAGGCUGCUAUAAAGUGUAUCAAAGAUAAAAAACCUGUAGUGUUAGAGGCUUCUACUACGAAUUCUUAAAAAUUAUGAACUAAAAUGCAAUAAAAAUACCUACCUUUGUAUUUAAUAGUAUAUAAGAGUGGAAAAUACAACAAUGAUUGAAAUCCUCCUUCAGGAUAAUACCCACAAAAUCUAACACAUAGACUACCGAAUAAUAAGCCUACAAGCAAUCUUCUGAAGACGUCUUUGGAAGUAAUACAUAAAUAAUAUAUAUAAUAUACCUAUAUUAAUAAUAAAAGAACAAAAGAAAAAUUGUGAGGAGAUAUGAAAAACACACAAUUUGAGUUCAGAGAUUCUUAAGACACACUUCUACGAUCUUUUUGUAAUAUAAGUUCUCUUCCAACGAUGUAGUUCCAAUUUAUAUGCGUGCUUCUUUGAUAAUAAGCAGGCGUUUGAUAUAAUCAAACACGAUAAACUAAUAAAAAUAUUAGAUAGCAAAAACUAACGCAUAAUAAACAACAUCUAUUACCAAAUAAUUGCAACAAUUAGGGUAAGAAGGAAAUCAACUAAUAGAAGACAUACAAAUAAAAAAAGGCCUGCAACAGGGUAGUAUAUUAUCCCCAUUAAUUAGUCAAUACAUAUUCAAAGCAAAUAAUUCUAGCCGUGAGAGAUAUUGAAGUAAUAUUUUCAAUCGACAGAAUACUUGAUAACACAUAGCAACAGUAAGGUCUGUAGGGGCUUGUCAUGAAAGUAGCAGAAGAACUUAGUAUAUAUAGCCUAGAGUAAUAUCAAAAACACCAAAUACAUUAUUAUAAGUAAAAAUAAUAUAAGUAUGUCGACAUUGAUUAUUCAACGAACAAUCGACAGCAUAGACGACCAACUAUUUCUGCUUGGUACCAAUCACCGAUGGUAAUAUAUUAAAUGUUACUUGUAUAGACAGUUAUUUAUGAGAUGAGAGAGAUGUUCUCCAAAUAAUAAGAAGAGUACUAGAUUAUCUAAGAUGGCCCGAAAAAUCAGAAAGAGUAUGGAUAUCCUGACCGCACAAUGUACAAAACUAAUCCCGCCCAACUACUACGUGAGUUUUUAGGGCAGCAGCCAAACAAGUGAGAAUGAUCAUGUUAGUAUGUGUGCUGGACAAAAAAUCAAAUGGUAAUUUUAAUUUUUAUUAACAAUGAAGAAACGAUAUAUAUAAACCCAGAAACGAGUCUUUCCAUAUUGUUUGAAAGAAAUAGAAACAGUUCCAGACAUCGAGAAUAACUAAAAAGAUGAUAGGAAUAAAGAAUUUAGGAAUCAUAUAAGAACAUAACAUGAACAUAAAACAGUCUACGGUGAUUAUAAAAGCCAAAACAAAACAAUAGAUGGACAAACAAAUGAACCAAUUUUAAAGUGUAAAUGAAAGUAUGUAAUUGUCAAACAAACCACAUCAAAGCGAACGGGAGAGAGAGGACUUUGGAGCCGACAUGACACACAACCUCCAUUCGAGCAUAGGAAGUUGAUCCUACAGGAUCAAACUUACCUUUUUCCAUGUGGAAACCUUUAAACCGUCUGCUGAGUGGAGUGACCGGCUGCAGGUACAAUGUGAAAAAGUAUGGAAAUGCUGAAGAUGACUUGUAUGGCUCAGUAUGACCAUGUGCUGACGUGAAAACAGCUACAACAAACCCAAAAAGAUCUGAUGUAAUACACAACUAAAAUAAGAAUAGAUCAAUAAGAAUGAUUUUUAGAGAUUGAAAAAUAUACAACGUAGAGACAAAAAUAGGCUUAAAUACUAUACUGUACUACUAGAACACUACUGGGACGCUAAAUGCUUUUGCUAUUUUAUGGAAUUUUAUUUAAUAAAGACCUCAUAUCGCAACAAACCAUAUAUCAAGUAAGACUUCAUCUAAAAACAGGCUGAUUAUAUCAAUAUAAACUAAUCUAAAGAUGAAAUAGAAAUGUUAUAUCAAAGCAAAAUAUACAAGGAUAUUAUUAAGCAAUAUGCUAACAAAUAAGGCGUUUACAUAUAAAUAUUUGAUUUCAUAUUGCAACUUAGGUGCAUGAGACACUCCUACUAUUAAUAUUCCUAUAAGAUGAACAAUAUGAAAUUCAAAUAGGCGGACAUGGUAAUUCUAAUAGGAAUUUUAAACAGAAGUAUAUUUUACAGUUGAAAUAAAAAUCAAGUUACUCUAUACACUCUAAAAUAUAAACUUGGUUAAGGAAGAUACGAGGGGUGAUAAUCUGACAGCAGCAUAGUAGAGUUUGAUGUUUUAGUAGUAUCCCAAAAAGUAAAAGUACAUCGUAAACAUUUAUUUUUUAUGAAUUUUGAGUGGUUACAACAAAUGGCAUAAAACUAGGUCGUCCCAAAGUAGUUGGUAUAAUCAAUAAUGAGCAGCCUGAAAGUCUACUUCGACCAUUGCCAUAGCAGCAGACGAAGUGUUAGGAAGAAAUAAUUGCCAACUAUGAGCUAGAUGCUCUAAUAAUAACUUAUUGCUACAAAUAGAACUAGCAGAAUUAUAUAAGAAACCUAGUAUAGGUAACUACAUACAAAUCUAAAGAAAAAUGAGAUAUAUUUCCAGAACGAAAGGAUGUUUAACAUGUUCCCACAGGAAAUCUUGGGAAGUAUGAAAAGCAUUAAUUAGUAAGAAAAGGCACCGGAAAAGGCGAAGUGGAAUGAAGGAAGAUGUCAUAUCGAAAAUAGUAUUCACGAGCUUACUAUAUUGUUAGCAAGUCAUGCAUGUUUUGUGCCGAAUUAUAUUAGUAAAUAAGGUUACUUGUAGUUUUAGUUAAUGUACUCAUGUUAUUAUACCCUAGACCUCCAAGGAUUGUAAACCAAAACUAUAUGAUUAUAAAAAAGAAAAAACACAAUCAUAGUUUUCUAUAAAUUUAGCUAACAGCCAAAAAUUUAUUUAUUUUGUACAUUUAAUUUUUAAUUAAUUAAAUAUUUCCCUAGUGCCCCAUCUUGACGGCUCUUCUAUUUACCAAUCGUACUUACAAGAAAAAUCGAUUUAAAACAAAUUGCAUUUUUUAUACAUUUUAAAUGUAACAAAACGUUAAAAAUUAUAUAGCAAAAAAUUAAAAUAGUAUACAAUAUAAUAUAGAGAUUCCUACAGGUAAGCAACCUAAAAACGCUUACUAACAAAAACACAAAAAUCACAGAACUUUUAAAAACAUAUGCACAUUGAUCAACGUUCAAUGCUCCUAUUCUUAAUACAGGAUUAAUCAGUAGCUUGUAUAAAUAAAAUCACUAACAACUGAAAAGCACAUUCAACAUUUUUAUAAAUUUGAUAAAUCAGCCCAAAGGUAAAAUAAACUUGUUCUUCCCUCGAAUGCUUAUUUUGUAAUAUUUUCAUCAAAAUGUUAUUUUUUUUUAAUAAUUAAUAUGCGUUUUGUUUUCCGAAAAUUUAAUCCCAUUGGAAAAAUAGCUUCACAUUUUCAAAUCUUUCAGAUUAAAGAUAAAUGCAAUAAGAAAUUAGGAAAGGUCUGUCGUCAGGGAUCAACCUUGUUUCUAUGAAGAUCCUAAUAUUAUUAACUGAGUUUAGGAGUCCCGGAGUUAUAGGCCCGAGUUUAUAUAGAUAAACAUUUUAAAAGAGACAGACCUGGAUGACAAAGACCUCAGAAUAAUUUCAGAACUCUACUGGAAUCAGACCGCAUACAUGAAAAUUAACGGAGAAGAAACAUAUCACAUAAAAAUACUACGUUGAGUUAGACAGGGAUGUAUCCUAUCGCCGUUGAUAUUUAAUAUGUACUCAGAGAAAAUUUUUAACGAGGCUCUUUACGCAAUAGACGAAGGCAUCCUUCUAAAUGGUGAAAAAGUAAACAAUGUUAGAUAUGCCGACGACACCAUGGUAAUAGCAGAUAGUUUAGAGGGACUUCAGAGGCUAAUGGACAGAAUAAACGAGUACAGUCAACAGUACGGACUAAACAUUAAUACCCACAAAACGAAACAAAUGAUUAUCAGCAAGGAGAAUAUAAACGGGGCUCAUCUAUACAUUAAUGGGACGCAGAUAGGGCGAGUAAAACAGUAUUGUUACCUGGGAACUAUUAUUAACGAACAGUGGAGCAAUUUACAGGAAAUAAAGUGCCGCAUAGGAAAGGCAAGAACGGUCUUAAACAAAAUGAGCGCCAUCUUCAAAAGUCACAACAUAUCCCUUGAUACAAAAAUGAGACAUUUGAGAUGCUAUGUUUUUUCUGUGUUGUUGUACGGGGCGGAGGCAUGGACGCUUACAGACACCACUAUUAAAAAACUUAAAGCAUUUGUGAUGUGACUUUAUAGAAGAAUGCUGAGAAUAUCAUGGACAGCAAGGAUCACGAACAAGGAAGUUCUAGGAAAAAUGAAGAAGGAACCAGAGAUUGUGUUUACGAUCAAACGCAUAAAAUUGCAAUAUCUGGGACACAUUAUGAGAAAUCAG